AUGGCGAGUGGUCAAUCUUUUCCCGUCGAAAGAUCAUCCGUUGAUAUUCGGGGCCCCGAGUUGGAGGGCGUGCGGUCAAAAUGGGAGGGGAUUUUGCAGGACUUCCAAGAGCGGCUCAAGGAAGUCUCGUCAGAGGGCAGCGUUGCAUCUUGUUCCAGGCAUCAAGAUCGAGGACAACUCUUGCCAAGAGAUCGCAUCGCCUUACUGCUGGACUUCGACUCGCCAUUCCUUGAGCUCGGCCCAUUUGCUGGACACAAAUUACCGACUUCAAACAAUUGCGCCAAUAUAAUUGCUGGCAUUGGAACAGUCAGUGGUACACGAUGUCUACUAAUGUCCCACAUUCCAACUCAAGAUGGCGGUGCGUGGAACGAAUACACAGUGCAGAAGGUGAACCGCAUAAUGGAAAUAGGCAUGGAGAACGACCUGCCGCUGAUUUCCUUGGUUCAAUCGGCUGGCGUGUUUCUCCCGCAACAAUUCCGAGUGUUUCACAAAGGAGGACAGCUUUUCCGCGAUCUGGCAUUAAGAUCACAGCAAGGAAAACCGUCGUGUGCCAUCGUCUUUGGCUCUUCGACUGCUGGAGGGGCCUACCAUCCGGCACUAUCAGAUUACACAAUUUUUGUUGAGAAGCAGGCCCAGGUAUUUCUUGCUGGGCCACCUCUAGUCAAGAUGGCUACUGGAGAGACUGUCGUUGCCGAAGAGCUGGGCGGAGCAGACAUACAUGCGACGACGACUGGACUGGCAGAUCAAAUUGCGGUAGAUGAGCUCAUCCCUAUUGUAUUCUUGCAUAACGUCACAGGUUUCAUGGUUGGGCCCAAGGCAGAACAUGCCGGCAUAAUAAAGGCUGGCGCGCAGCUCGUGUCAGCCGUCAGCUGUUCUCAAGUCCCUCACAUCAGCAUAAUCAUGGGGUCCUCCUACGGCGCUGGGAACUAUGCCAUGGCUGGACGCUCUUAUAGGCCUCGAUUCCUCUUCUCAUGGCCAACAGGACGGUGCAGUGUCAUGGGGCCUGACCAGCUAGCUGGUGUUAUGGAGAACAUUCAGCAAGCAAAAGCCAGGACUUCACCAGAUGGCCCUGCGUCGCAGGCGGCGGUCAAGGAGGGGAAGGCCAGGACGCAGGAGCUCCGAGACCAGGCAAUCAAGGACGCUGAGUGCUAUGCGACGAGCGCAAUUCUGGUUGACGACGGGGUGAUCGAUCCCCGAGAUACAAGAGACGUAUUGGGCAUGUGUUUGGAAGUCGUUAAAUUGCCCACCGUUGAGGAUACACAGAGCCACCGGCUCUUGGCUAGAAUCUGA